AUGGAGCCCGCGUCGCGGCGGCGGCGGAGGAGCCGCCCGCUGGUAGCCACCUUUCUGCGCGACCCCAGCUCAGGACGCGUCUACCGGCGCGGGAAGCUGAUCGGCAAGGGCGCCUUCAGCCGCUGCUACAAGCUGACCGACAUGUCCACCAGCGCGGUGUUCGCCCUCAAAGUGGUGCCGCGCGGCGGGGCCGCGGGCGGGGCCGGGCGGCUGCGCUCCCGGGGGAAGGUGGAGCGGGAGAUUGCCCUGCACAGUCGCCUUCGCCACCGCAACAUCGUGGCCUUCCACGGACACUUUGCGGACCGCGACCACGUGUACAUGGUGCUGGAGUACUGCAGCCGCCAGUCCCUGGCCCAUGUGCUGAAGGCCCGGCAGACCCUGACAGAGCCCGAGGUACGCUACUACCUGAGGGGCCUGGUCAGCGGCCUGCGCUACAUGCACCAGCGACGAAUUGUGCACAGAGACUUGAAGCUCAGUAACUUCUUCCUUAACAAGAACAUGGAAGUGAAGAUUGGAGACCUAGGGCUGGCUGCCAAAGUGGGGCCUGGGGGCCACUGCCACCGAGUGCUGUGCGGAACUCCCAACUUCCUGGCCCCAGAGGUGGUGUCCCGAAAGGGACACUCCUGCCAGUCAGACAUCUGGGCCUUGGGCUGUAUCAUGUACACGGUGCUGACCGGCAGCCCCCCUUUCACGGGGACACCUCUGUCAGAGAUGUACCAAAACAUCCGUGAUGCCCACUACCCGGAGCCUGCCCACUUGUCACCAAAUGCUCGCCGACUCAUCGCCCGCCUCUUGGCACCCAACCCAGCGGAGCGGCCCAGCCUGGACCAUCUCCUGCAGGAAGACUUCUUCACUCAGGGCUUCACGCCAGAGCGGCUGCCUCCACAUUCCUGCCACAGCCCCCCAAUCUUCGCUUUCCCCCUGCCUCUGGGCAGGCUGUUCAGGAAGGUGGGACAGCUGCUGGUGACGCAAUGCCGGCCACCCUGCCCCUUCACCCCCAAUACGGCCUCCAGUCCCGGAGAAGAGGGGCCAGAACCAGAGUCCAUGGAGUGGGGCAGUGAGGGAAGGGCUCCCUGCCCUGAGGCUCCCGUCCACCCUGUCACACGGGGAGCCCUGCGGAGUGACCUGGCAGGGCCUGGGAAGAGCCCACUGCAGGAGGUGGAGACAGCCAUCAGGAAGCUGCAGCUCUGCCUGGAGGCUGGCCUUGUGGCCACGCAGGACCCCCCAGGGGAGCAGCGGCCCAUUCUCUGGGCUCCCAAAUGGGUGGACUACUCCAGCAAGUAUGGCUUUGCCUACCAGCUGUCGGAUGGGGGCAGUGGUGUCCUGUUUCGGGAUGGUACCCACAUGGCCUUGCGCCCCCCAGGCAGCCAAGUCUGCUACCUGCCCGCCCACGGGGAGCUACACACGUUCACCCCCAGAGCUGUGCCGGGCCCUCUGCGUGCCAAGCUGGCAGUGCUGCGGCUGUUUGCCUGCUACAUGCAGCGGCGGCUUCGCGAGGAGGGAACACCAUCUGCACCUGCUCCACCUGCCCCACCCGGCCUGUGCCUGCUGAGAUUCCUUGCCACCCCUGACGUGCUGCUGCUUCUGCUCAGCGAUGGGACUGUGCAGGUCAGCUUUGGAGCAGCCCAGGCCCAUCUGGUUGUGAGUGGUGAGGGGGAGGGGUUGCUGCUUACCCAGCUGGAGCCUGGCCAACCAAGCACCUGCUACUCCCUGAAAACCCUCUGGAGCCAGGGCUGUGACCCCGAUGUCCACCAGCGCCUCCAUGUGGCGCUCUGCCUCCUCCAGAGCAUUGGGUGCCCCUGA